AUGAGAAACCAUACAUUGGUGACAACUUUCAUUCUUCUGGGAUUGACAGAAGACCCAAAGUGGCAAGUUGUAAUUUUUGUUUUCCUACUUAUAACAUAUCUGCUGAGCGUCACUGGAAAUCUUACCAUCAUCCUUCUCACCAUGUUGGAUUCCCACCUCAAAACACCCAUGUAUUUCUUCCUCCAGAAGUUUUCCUUCUUAGAAAUCUCACUGACAUCUACGUGUGUCCCUAGGUUCCUGUUCAGCAUAGUGACCAUGGAUAAAACUAUUUCUGUGGGUGCUUGCCUCACCCAAUUAUUUGCUGCACUUUUGUUUGGAAUAGCACAAUUUUUCUUGCUAGCUGUCAUGUCCUAUGACCGCUAUGUGGCCAUUUGUAAACCCCUUCAUUAUACAACCAUCAUGAACACCAGAGUCUGUUCACUGCUGUUUGGCACCUGCUGUUUCAUAGCUUUGUUGGCAAUCUGUCCUGGAGUCAUUUUUGGUCUGGACUUGGAAUUCUGUGGGACUAUUAUUGAGCACUUUGCUUGCGACUACUCCCCCAUCUUGAAGCUUUGCUGCAAGGAUACAAGGUCCAUGCAACUGGUCAAUUUCAUUUUUGCCACCAUUAUUCUCCUGAUCACCUUGGUACUAGUAAUGUUCUCUUAUGGGAAAAUCAUAAGCACAAUUCUGAGUUUUCCCUCUGCCCAGCAGAAGAAGAAGGCCUUCUCCACCUGCUCCUCCCACAUGAUAGUUGUCUCCAUCUCUUACGGCAGCUGCAUCUUCAUGUACACCAAGCCUUCUGCCGAGGACAGGAUGUCAUUAAACAAAGGAGUUGUCAUAGUCAACCUUGCACUUCCACCGGUACUAAACCCCUUCAUAUAUACCCUAAGAAAUAAGCAAGUCAAAGAAGCCCUGAAGGACAUCAUUAAAAAAUGUACCUCAACUACUUCAAAAUAG